AUGGGCGUCCUGGGUUGUGCCCCGUGGGGCAGGCCUGACAGAGAGGGGAACUCUCUGGAGACUUGCGACAGACGCCUGCUAUUCUUACUUUCAUUGGUGGUCUUAACCCGGAUCAAAACAGCAAGGGUGAUCACUGGAGGUCAUUAUGAUGUUGACUGUCGGUUGGAAGAUCCUGAUGGCAUUGUAUUGUACAAAGAGAUGAAGAAGCAAUAUGAUAGUUUCACGUUUACUGCAUCCAGAAACGGAACGUACAAAUUCUGCUUCAGCAAUGAGUUCUCUACUUUCACACACAAAACUGUGUACUUCGAUUUCCAGGUUGGAGAAGAUCCUCCAUUGUUUCCUAGUGAGAACAGAGUAACUGCGCUUACCCAGAUGGAGUCUGCCUGUGUUUCAAUUCAUGAAGCUCUGAAGUCUGUCAUCGAUUAUCAGACUCAUUUCCGGUUGAGAGAAGCACAAGGCCGCAGCAGAGCAGAGGAUUUAAACACAAGAGUAGCCUAUUGGUCAAUAGGAGAAGCAAUCAUUCUUCUUGUAGUUAGUAUCGGGCAGGUAUUUCUCCUCAAAAGCUUCUUCUCAGAUAAAAGAACCACCACAACCCGUGUUGGAUCACAAAUCAUUUUUGGAUGUGUGUUUGUCAUAAUGGGCAGUACUAACUCCAAACCAAAUCUUUCACCAGAUAGCGGCAAAAAGGCUAAGAAUAUGAGUACAGGUCAGAGAGAUUCCGAGCAAGUUAAUGAAUUAUGUGGCCUCUCUGCUGAAAUCAGGGAGCCUGCAAGCGGAUCUCCAGGAGUUUGCAGCGGUAAUGAGAAUAUUGAGGGUGUUUUCUAUAAGUUUGUGAUUCUGCAUGCUGAGAAUGAUGUAGAUGAAGCCAUCCGGAUCCAGAACCUGCUGCAGAACAAAUUUUGUAUUAAACCUGGAAUAAUCUUUGCUGAGAUGCCUUGUGGUAAACAUAUCUUGGAAAAUUUAAGUGAUGCUGUGAAUGGCUCAGCAUGGACUAUUAUACUACUGACAGAAAGUUUCCUGAACGGUCCUUGGUGUGAGUUUCAGUCUUACACCUGCCUUGUCAAUGCUCUUAACAAACGGCAUAAAUACAACUCUGUGAUACCUGUGAGGCCGCUGAAUAACCCGCUUCCCCGGGAGAAGACUCCUUUUGCCUUGCAGGCUAUUAAUGCCCUGGAAGAAGACAGUCCUGGCUUUGCAAAACAAGUGGAGAGAAUUUUCCAGGAGUCUACAUACAGGCAACAGCGAGAGAUAUGGAGGAGGGAAAGGAUGAAAGAGAAACUAGAGCCCUUGUGAUGGUGGGAAAAGCUGUGUAAAGACAGGUGAUGAUUAGAAUAAAGCAGAAGUGAUGUUCUUUCCCUUACUCUGUUAAGGAAGAGAAACUCUUCUUUUGACAAAACUAAUGAUAAACUUCUCUGAGAAGGCAUGUUAAUUAAGUACUGGGGGACACAUGCUGCAUAUCAAGACAACUGUCACUGUGCCUGCUUAGAGGUACAAGAUGCUACUUUCCACCACCCUUAACUGUUUUUGUCUUUAUUUUUUGAGCUCUGCCAGGCAUGUAUCAUCUUCCGUUAAGAGGGUACAGCUCUUCACAUCUUGUGGCUGAUACUGAAAAAUAUAAGUAAAUGAGGAAUACUUGUCAUUAUUAUGAAACCAAUAUAUUAUGAAAGGCCCUCUAUGAAAUAUGCUGCUACUUUAAGAAAUGGACACUUAAAUGUGUAGACAUUUUACUUUUGUUACACUUUGUUUUUAUAUAGCAAACACUUUGUGAUGCAUCCUGAAUGUUUUGUCUAACAAGGCCUUGUAGCUCCUUUUGACUAAGCUCCUUUUGACUAAGCUUGGUUCGUUACAGUCUUUAAGGGGAAAACGUUAAGUGUACCAGAAUAAUGUGGGAGACUGCAUCUUCAAGAUAAGUGUUUUAUGCAUUUCAAAUCCUAGUUCUUCACUGUAUUUGAACAGAUUUAAGAUAGAUCUUCACUGCUUUUUUUUUUUUCCUCCUGUACUGCAUAGAACUACUGCCUAUGAUUCAAUAAGCCACUUGCAUAAGAUUUAAGUAUAACUUUGUAUUGCUGAUGUGGAAUGAAAUUGCUAAAAGAGCAAUGGAAAUCUUUGUCUUUUCCAGUGGAAAUGAAAUUAAAAUGUGGUAGUUUAUUAUUUUCGGAAUGAUUGAAAGGUGCCAAUUCUGAAAGCGAGGGCAGUCAGCUCUGAGCAAAACAGUUUGUUCUUUGCUGAAAUGAAAGGCUGGUGAGUGGGGCUUUGGUGUCUGGACCAAAGUCAGUCCCAUAUUCACGAGUCAGCUGACAUCGUGGCUCUGCCACUUCUUCCUUGCUGAGUGAUUUUGGACGCAUCCUGUCUCUGUUCCCUAUUUUGUAAAUAAGGAGUAUAGGAGGUACAUAUCUCUGCCUCAACGAUGAGGCAGAAGGUAAGGGAAAAGAGAGUGGGAGAAGGUUAAAAGAAAUGGAUGGAGGUGCAGUCGUUUUAGGGCUGUUAUGUGGCUAAACCCUUCUGAAAAGGCAGACCAGUCCCCUCGGGCUUGGAGCGCACCUCAGCUGCCCAGAGCCUCCUGUUGUUGAGCUCCCAAGUUGGUGUGUCGUAGCUACUUACUUUUUCCACCUCUAUAAAACCUGUUCUUUUGGCUGCUCCCAGAAACUGGGGAAGCACCAGCUGCUUGGCUGUGAGAUUGCCCACGCUCACAGGUAAUAUCCUACUAGGCAGCUCUCGGGCAGUAUUUGAGGGUUAAAGUCCCCCAGUCACUUACGCUUAAGUGUUGUUUUCUUUCCAUAGCCAUUUCAGCCCAAGAGUACUCCCGACG